AUUCAUAAUUGAACAGUUCGCUCUGGAGGAGGUGGUCGCGGUUCUCUCCUCUCCUCUUUUCUCUCCUCCUCUUUAUCCCUGAUCCCUCUAUCCGCGUGCUGGAGCCGCAGUGGAGCCGCAGGGGCAGGAGAAGGACGGAACCCGGGGGAUUUGGAUGAACCGAGUCCGGGAUUCAGAGUGAAAUUCCCGGGCUGGCACUGGCUGGAGACGAGCCGAUGCGCGCGGGCUGAGGACGCGGUGUGUCUCUGUCUGUCUGUGGCGGACCGGCGCGAGCGCGCGGGUGCGCAUCAAUCUCUGGGGACGGGCUGGGACCCCCAAACCCCUGCAGGCGCGGGACAGGGGUCGCUGUUAUAGGAGAACAGCGGAGGAGCGGAGAUACAGGGGAACAUAUGGAUUUAUCUGAAACAGCAGCAGCAGCUGCACCAGCGCCAUGGAGCUUCUUCAUCCACUGCUCUGACUGAACGCGUGACAGCCAGGAGCCAAUCACAGCCGCGCACACCGCCGAGACCCCCACUCUGAUCCGUUCCAGUGCGCAGGAGAGCACAGGAGAGGAGGAGGUGGUGGUGGUGGUGGAGAAGGAGAGGAAGAAGAGGAGGAAGAGAGGGAGGAGAAGAAGAUGAUGGAGGGAACGCUGCUGCUGGCUCUGCAGCGGAACCCCGGCCUCUCCGUGCUCCUCUUCUCUCUGAUGUUCAGGGUGGUCCACCGCCUCCUGCGAUGCCUGCCCGCCCCCAAAGCCGUGCAGCUGGAUGAGGUCCGCUGCUGGAAGUGGAGGAACCUGUGCGUGUCCCUGGUGCACGCGAUGCUCACGGGCCCAUGGGCUGUCACCUGUGUGUGUCUGUGGCCAGAGAUGCUGAGUAACAUCCAUUCAUACUACACACCAAUGUCCUACCUGCUCCUCUGCGUUUCAACAGGGUACUUUCUUCAGGAUACAGGUGACAUUCUGUUCUCUGGCCACGCGAGAGGAUCCUGGGAGUUCCUGCUCCAUCACUUCUUGGUGCUGUGGUGCUUCCUGUACUCUCUCUACACCCAGCGCUACGUGUCGGGGAUGGUGAUCGCCCUGCUGGUGGAGCUCAACAGUGUGACGCUGCACGCCCGGCUGCUGCUGAAGCUGGCCGGAGCUCAGGCCUCGCAGCUCUACCACACAAACAAACUCCUCAACCUCUUCACCUACAUCACCUUCCGCCUCAGCGCCCAGUUCUACCUCUCCUGGUACCUCCUGAAGAACCUCUCCUGGCUGGACCACAGCUACUACUUUCUGGUCACCGUGGUCCUCAUGAACACCAUGAUCCUCAUCUAUUUCUACCGGCUGCUGAGGGCCGACUUCUUCCCCCGCAGGAAACUCCAGCUGGAAAUGAACGGCACCCACAGCAGCAGCUCGUCUACGUUCCUCAACGAUUGACCGUCCCUCCCAGGGCGGAUGAGGACCUGCCCGGUGACGGCGUUACCCUCUGUCCUGACCUUCUGCUCGGUUCUAGUGUAACCCAGCAGGCUAGGAUGUGCGUGUUUACCCCAUGGAGAUCUCAGACUGCCUGCGAUCUUUUUUCUCACCAACUCCAGUGUUCGUGUGGUCAUAUUUAAUGUCUAGUGUGUCGUGUUUAAGCGGUUUUGCCUUCAUUGUUGGGCCUUACGGACUGAUUUCACGGUUGUAAAUAAAGCGAGCAAUAAUGUAGCAUUCAAAUUUAACAGUUCCGUAGAGUUACUUUAAAUUUAAUUAGUUCAUUGAUUAAUUGAUUUCUUAUUUGAUGUUCUGUACAACUUACAAUAAGUCAGUUCCAGUCAGUAUUUCAGUUCCAACAAUUGUAUUGCACACUACAUUAUGGAGCUGGGAAUAUGAAGGCUAGUACGUUUCCUGUGAGUCAUUUAAAGAACCACAGCGUUAAACUGCCAAUAACGCAAAAUCAUUGGACUGAUAACUACUAAUGUUACUAAUAAUCUGUUGCAUCAGCUAAUACACGCCUGCUUUGGUCAGAAUCACGCUGAGUGAUGUGAAAGAGUGAGAAUCGUCAUACAAAGAGCUAGCGCUUAGAGAGUCACACCACCCAGAAGCCCCAUAUCAUAGCAAACCUUCCUUUGUUUAGUUACUUUGUUGAUUUGUUUCUGUGACAAAUAUCUUUCCAUAUAUGUAACUGUGAGAAAAAAACUCUUUUUAGAGUUUAGAGAAAAUCUUUAUAAUGUAAAUUACCUAGAAACCUGUUUACACCUGGUCUCAUCAUGUGACUAGCAUAUGCAUUGCAUGGUACAAGAUUUUUCUACAUGCAUUGACACUCAGGGCCCUAUUUUGUGAUCUAUAGAAAAGCAGUCAUCCAUACACCGUGCAGCUUGAUUUAGGGCGUGUCAGUGUGUCUUUGCUAUCGUAACAACGGGAAAAGUUCAUCUUGUGCAGCUUGACAUGUGCAAAACGCAUGCAUUAAUUCUCUUAAUUAAUCAUGGGUGUAUUUUGAGGUUAAAUGAAGUUAAAUAAACCAAACAGCGUGUUGCUUGACAUUCCCUUGAAGAGCCAGGUGUGCUUUGACUUUGUCAGAUUGCUAUUUUAAUGGGGCAAAGCUUCUGGAAAGGAAACUGUCCUGCUUGUUCACGCUGUGAAGGUGCAUAAAAACAUUUCUGGGAACAGCAAUAUGAUUUUAUUUGGUAUUCUGUUUAUUUUUAAUGUAACAAAAUCAGCGGGGGUGUAUGCGCAGCGGACCUGUAUUGCCAAGAUAGCAAUGAAUGUCUGACAGGUGACAUGUCAGGGGUCACCUCAGUCAGAGGGGCAUCUGUGUUUUCCACUGCCAAGAUAGAAAUUUCCACGCUAGAAAUUUACCUGAACACACCUUAUUUCCAGACCACCACGCCCAUCAACGUAGAUACAUUCAGAAGCACGUUACUACAGUAUUUAAACGAUCCAGGCAGAAGAUGUGAAAAUUGACUGUUGUUGAGGUGUAAGAUAGCAAUGAGCAUUGUGUCGCACUUAAAUCUAUUUGCUUUGUGACGGAAUAUGUGAAUUUGUUUGUUGCUUGGCAGUUGUUACUGGUGUUUGGGAUGUCCUGGAGGGGCUUUUGAAUGGUUGUUGAAUGCUUCUUGGAAAGACAGAUGUAUUUACACUGCUGAGCAUUAAUGUGCCAAAAGUCAUGGGACAGUACAGAAAAGUAUGCUUUCUUAAAAUUUCUUAACGAAUAAACUGAAUGUUGCAGCUUGUGAAAGAAAAAUUUAGCCAGGCUACAGGACGCCUAGGAAUGAACACGGCAUGGAGACUCAAUACAGGGCCACCAUUGGAAGGAUGGUUUGCUCUGUCCAAUCUGUGCCAGUCUGAUCUGUGACUCGAAGGCUUGUGUUCAGGGCUGCCUUACGACGAGUGAAGACACUGGGCCGGUCAUUAGAUUUUAGCAUGAAAUGAUGAGAUGAUUGUUUGUUCAUUAUUUUCUGUAUUUAGGUCAAAAGAAUGUGAAUAAACUUAGUGAUGAAUUGUGUUUGAGAUCAUUUAAAAGGCAUUUUGUUUUCUUGGAAAUACUGGGAAGUAAAUUGUACACAGCAUGCAGAAAGUAUUUGUACCUGAUUCCAAGCUUUAUGUCAACUGAGAUAAUAAUUAAAGAUGACAUACAGUAUUAAA